AUUCCAUCACACCCACGAACUUCCCACUUUCCCAACCACUCUUUCUUCUCGAAUUUUGAGUGAAAUCAGGCCGCCGCCCUCUAAUGGCACCCAUCGCCGCCGGUGACUCCUUGCCUGACGGAACUCUCGCUCACUUCGACGAGAACGAUCAGCUCCAGCAGGUCUCCAUCCAUUCCCUCGCCAAGGGCAAGAAGGUCGUCAUCGUCGGGGUUCCCGGCGCCUUCACUCCAACUUGCAGCUUGAAGCAUGUUCCUGGAUUCAUCGAGAGAGCGGAGGAUCUCAAAGCCAAAGGUGUUGCUGAGAUUAUCACUAUUAGCGUGAAUGAUCCAUUUGUGAUGAAAGCUUGGGCCAAAACCUACCCGGAGAACAAGCACGUCAAGUUCUUGGCCGACGGAUCAGCAACCUACACGCACGCGCUGGGCCUCGAGCUCGACCUCAAGGAUAAGGGUCUCGGAAUCAGGUCGAGGAGGUUCGCGCUACUGGUGGACGACCUCACUGUGAAGGCUGCCAACAUUGAAGAAGGUGGAGACUUCACUGUUUCCAGUGUUGAUGAUAUCAUCAAGGCCCUUGCUUGAUUUCUUGAGCUUAGAGCAUUGGCCUUGCUUUCGUUCUUAAUUCUCUCAGCUGUAUCGUUGGUGACCAUAUGUCGAUUCAGUCUCGGGCCAGUUUAGUGGUAGUGAUGGAGAUACUCUUUGCCAUGGUGAGUUAUGAUGAUGACACCCUUUUGAGUAAUUCUGUCCUCCUGGUUGCUGUUUGGGGAUGGAGAAGAAUAAAAGAAUUUCGAAGUUUCUGUGGUGCUAUGGCAAUGUCUUGGUUACUUACUUCCAGACUGUUUCUGGUAUUUUAUUGGUUUUUAGCCUGCGGCCGGCCAGUUCUUGCAUUUGUUCGAGUAGUGAGUGAGCUACGAAGUUUUAGUAAAGUUGAAGAGGCAGGCGGUCUAGCUUGUUUGUUUUAUCCAAGUCGGCAGAAUCUGGGAGUUAGAAUAGGUCAAAUCCGUUGCUUGGUUUCUUUACUUUCUUACAGUUAAGACCGUC